AUGGGCAAAGCCCAGAGAUUUUUGCUGGUCUUCAGCUGCCUGGUGCUGUCCGUGCUGUCCACUAUCCAGGAGCACCAGGAAUUUGCCAACGAAUGUCUCCUCAUCUUGGAAUUCGUGAUGAUCAUCGUGUUUGGCCUGGAGUACAUCAUCCGCGUCUGGUCCGCCGGGUGCUGCUGCCGCUACCGAGGAUGGCAGGGUCGCUUCCGCUUUGCCAGAAAACCCUUCUGUGUCAUCGACUUCAUCGUGUUCGUGGCAUCGGUGGCAGUCAUCGCCGCGGGCACUCAGGGCAACAUCUUUGCGACGUCUGCGUUGCGCAGCAUGCGCUUCCUGCAGAUCCUGCGCAUGGUGCGCAUGGACCGCCGCGGCGGCACCUGGAAGCUGUUGGGCUCAGUGGUCUACGCGCACAGCAAGGAGCUGAUCACCGCCUGGUACAUCGGGUUCCUGGUGCUCAUCUUUGCCUCCUUCCUGGUCUAUCUGGCCGAGAAGGACGCCAACUCCGACUUCUCCUCCUACGCCGACUCGCUCUGGUGGGGGACGAUCACACUGACAACCAUUGGGUACGGUGACAAGACACCACACACGUGGCUGGGAAGGGUCCUGGCUGCUGGCUUUGCCUUACUAGGCAUCUCCUUCUUUGCCUUGCCUGCAGGCAUCCUUGGCUCUGGCUUUGCCCUGAAGGUGCAGGAGCAGCACCGGCAGAAGCACUUUGAGAAGCGGAGGAUGCCAGCAGCCAACCUCAUCCAGGCUGCGUGGCGCCUGUACUCCACCGACACGAGCCGGGCCUACCUGACAGCCACCUGGUACUACUAUGACAGCAUCCUCCCGUCCUUCAGAGAGCUGGCCCUCUUGUUUGAGCACGUGCAACGGGCCCGCAACGGGGGCCUACGGCCCCUGGAGGUGCGGCGGGCGCCAGUACCCGACGGAGCGCCCUCCCGUUACCCGCCCGUUGCCACCUGCCACCGGCCAGGCAGCGCCUCCUUCUGUCCUGGGGAAAGCUGGAGAGAGGAGGAGGCCACUGGCCACAGGUGCUUACGGCUCAGCAGCCGGAUGGGCAUCAAAGACCGCAUCCGCAUGGGCAGCUCCCAGCGGCGGACCGGCCCCCCCAAGCAGCACCUGGCACCUCCGCAGAUGCCCACUUCCCCGAGCAGCGAGCAGGUGGGUGAGGCCAGCAGCCCCACCAAGGUGCAGAAGAGCUGGAGCUUCAACGACCGCACCCGCUUCCGGGCCUCCCUGCGACUCAAACCCCGCACCUCUGCAGAGGAGGGCCCCUCGGAGGAAGUGGCAGAGGAGAAGAGCUACCAGUGUGAACUCACAGUGGAUGACGUCAUGCCCGCGGUGAAGACGGUCAUCCGCUCUGUCAGGAUCCUGAAGUUCCUGGUGGCUAAAAGGAAGUUCAAGGAGACUCUACGACCAUACGACGUGAAGGACGUCAUCGAGCAGUACUCAGCAGGGCACCUGGACAUGCUGGGCCGUAUCAAGAGCCUACAGGCCCGGGUGGACCAGAUUGUGGGCCGGGGCCCCGGGGACAGGAAGGCCCGGGAGAAGGGUGACAAAGGGCCCUCUGACGCGGAGGCGGUGGAUGAAAUCAGUAUGAUGGGACGCGUGGUCAAGGUGGAGAAGCAGGUGCAGUCCAUCGAGCACAAGCUGGACCUGCUGUUGGGCUUCUACUCGCGCUGCCUGCGCUCUGGCACCUCGGCCAGCCUGGGCACCGUGCAAGUGCCGCUCUUCGACCCAGACAUGACCUCCGACUACCACAGCCCUGUGGACCACGAAGACAUCUCCGUCUCCGCACAGACGCUCAGCAUCUCCCGCUCGGUCAGCACCAACAUGGACUGAGGGACUUCUCAGCCGCGGGGCAGCACCUGGCCAGCCCCCGGCCCCGGCGCUCGGACCCGCCCUCUGAGGCCUCCGGACUCCUCUCUUACUUGAACUCGCUCCCUCGCGGGAAGAGAGGCCACACGCAGUAUUGAGCUGCCUGGGUGGGUGAGAUACCCGAUAUGGGUGCCAGCGAUCCGCCCCACCUCAGGAGCGUGAGAUGCCAGGCCGCACAGAGGGCAGCAGCGGCGGCUGCCCCUCGGCCUCUGGGACCCCAGUGCCCUGCCCGUUCCAUCAAGGCCCGAUAUGGCCCGCCUGGCAGGGGCACAGCCCCAGCAGUGGGAGCAAGGCGCUGGGGCCCUGGGCCCUGACCCAGCUUCCAGCUAUGCAAGGUGAGGUCUUUGGCCCGCCCUUCGGACAGAGCAGGGAAGUCCUCCCGCCAACUCCCUGCCCCACUUGAGGCCCAAGGUGCCCACACAGGUACCCACAAGCACAGGACCCUGCCAUAAGACAGGUGGGCACCAUAUAUGCAAACUAUGUUAAAUAUGCAACUUUGGGGACCCCCAUGGGGUCUCUGCCCCUCCUCCACUGGGAGAUGGGCCCCCAGCAGUAGCUGGUCUCAGGCUGCUUGGCCAUGACCCCCAUCCCUGAUCUUUGGCUUAUCAGUCCCUCCCCUCCCAGCAUGGGGCCUGUUUCUUCCUUUCCUCCCCAAGAGCAGUGCCUGGGCUUUUCUUCCCAUCUGCAGGUGUCCCCUCCCAGGGGCUCCCUCUUUCCUGCCAGAUGUUCACUCCCCUCUGGCUAUCCACACCUUUGAAAGCACAAGUUUCUGUGUUCUCCCCCAAACCUCCCACAGACAAUGCUCCCACGGUCACACAAACAUGUCCGUAAAGUUUCCCCAGACACACAGGAAGUCUCUCACACUCACCCUAACACAUACGAUCACACACACUUGGAGACUUGAGCAAAGAGCCAGCCAUUCAGACUUUCCUGGGCCUCUGCAGGCUGAUACCAGCGGACUGGCCUUGCAGGGCUAUGUCUACUUCUGUCCACCCAUCUCUGACAUAACCCCAGGUCUCUCUAAGCCCUACCCCAGAGCUUUACCAGCUCCCCUUUCUCAAGAUCUGCUUCUCACAGGCCCAGGAGCCCUAACCUCUGCCUCUGCCUGCCCCGAGGGCCCUCCUCAGUGUCCCCACAGCACAACUCAGGCCUAGGCCUCUGGGGCCUGGCAUCACUGGAAAGACCCUAGGCUCUUCCCCAGGGUGGUUAUCAGGCCUGCUUCUAUCUAGGCUUGCCCCUUUCCUAGUCACUCUGACUCCCAGAGAGAAUAAUAAUGCAUCUAGCCAGUACCAUUUGUCAGGCACUAACUGUGCAUAUGGCGCUCACAUGCACUGUUUCCUCUCCUUCCAUACUCCACUUUCCACUUCAAUUGGCAGCCUCCAUCCACUCCAGGCCCCCAGCGCCUCUUUGGUAUCUCUACCCCUUUGUCCCUCUUCUGCAAAGCCAAUACAGGUAGCAGGAGGGUGAUGGGUAGUGGAUCAAUGGUGAUCUUUUGUGGGGUGCCAGGGAAUAUGGGGCUCAGGCCCAGCUGCCCGCAUCUCAUGACUGGGGACCUGCAUGCACCAGCGCCAGGGCUGGGGUUGGCUCUUGCUCAGCCCCAUGGUGCCCAGCCUCUGCCCCCACAUGCCCUCUGCAUGUGACCAUCAUGCCGUGGAUGGAGCCUAUCCUGGCUCACCUCACCCACUUGCCCUGCACUUGUCCCCAGAGAGCCACGCCCCCGCCCCCUGAGAGACAGAGCUGUGGAGAGGGGCAGGAGAAUGGGAUCAUCCUAUGACCAAAGGAGACUUGGGAAGAAGCCCUCCCUCCUUCCACGAUCGAGGUUCCCCCACCAACCCGGUUCUCAGAUAUGCAAGUACCUCACUUUGUUAACUUAUUAACUUAUUGAUUUCAUUAAAGUUUUCAGUAGGA